GAAAUAACUGCCGCCGGACAAGAUAGAGGCCAGAACUGCGCAGCUUCCGAGGUAUUACAUGAUAGACACAGCACCGGUGGUAUGCCGCAAGAUAAGCCUGGGAGAUAGAAGGGGAACCGACAAUGAAUGGAAAAACAGGACCAGCGUCGGACACGUUCGCAUACUCAAUCGCAAGAUGACCUCAUUUCUAACUUGUACCAGCUCAUCUGGGACCUACCCUGGGCUAUUAGAACAGAAGGGUACUUAUCUCGCAUAACAUGCCCACUUGGGAACAGAACCUGGACAAGCGCGUCCGCUGCCUAUCGUAUCUGGAAUACUUAUCGUCUCCGCCCGCUGAGAGAUAGCUAUAUUGGAAUACGCUCGAGGACCAAUCCUAGCCCGAGGCCCUUAUCUGCUUCUCCACGCCUCCGCCUGCGCACCAGAUAGCGCAUCUUGCUCACCUCUAGCGUUUCUUCUGGUCCCGUCCAUCUCGCUCGUCCAAUCUUUCAAUCUCUCCAUUCUAUCUCUCCUUAUUACUCCAUGACGCUCCCUGUACAGAGCAAUGCACGUUCUACUGCGUCUGCAAAUCCGAAGGGAAGCAACAUUUCUCCCCAGUCGCCUUGCACACAUACCUUCGACGAAUGGCGCACCUUUUCAACGUCCUAUUCCGCACAGCGAACCGUCUCUGGAAAGUAUGGCGUCGACUUUCGUUUUGCUCCCGAGCCGAAUGGAGAUGAACGGAGAGCACUCAAGCUACUUGAUAUCGCGACAAAAUGUCUAGGUCCGAGAGCCAUCAAGAAAAAUGCGGAGCGAUUUGAUUAUGUCGAAAAUUACAGUGCCAGGACGAAUCAUGCAUAUCCAUGCGCGACGCCCAGUGCGCACAUUCAGGGUGCCCAGGCUCCGGGUAAAGGUGUAGCUCAAGCAGACCCAUCCUCAUCCUCACCUUCUUCCUCACGCUCAAAAACACCGCGCGCUUCGCCCACAGACCUAGAUCACCUCGCCUUCUUCAAUUUCCCGGACGACGUCACCCCAGGACCCCCAGAUAAGGACGUCGAACAUGAGCACGAUACGGACCCAGACACGGACACUGGGAGCGAAAGAGAGCUGCGAAUCGAAGACUUAGAGGCACCAUUCGCACUACAGCAACUCGGGAGGAAUUUGACUGUCCGUGGGAGGCAGAGAGGGCGGCGGAGAGACAGAGCUGAGUCGACCUCUACUUCGACUACUGGUUCAGGCUCUGGCUCGGGUUCAGCGCCUGGCUUCGCACCGAUGGCUGCAUUGACGCCUCCGACAGCCAACAGGACAAAUAUCAAUACUGGGUCGACGUCGCUUCCUACACCAACACAUGUAACGCCGACUGCACCAGCAACUUCAAACCAGAGUUCUCCACUCCGUCCUGUGUAUGGGCGUCGCGGCCCAAGCGCAGUAUCCGAGUCUGGUGCAGGCACUAUUGGUGGUGCCGGUAGUCCUUCAGACUUCGGUGUCGGCCUGUCUGCUGCUGCACGUGCGAGAGAACGCGCGAGAGGGAUUGGAACGCCCAGGAGCGAACCUGAUUCAAGUCUGGCGAUGGGCAUGAGAGCGUUGCCAACGGGAGCUAUGUCAGGAUCGAGCCUUGGAGCGUUUAACGUGGGAGCUUAUGGGUAUCGCUAUCCUGCCCAUCCUCCGUACCCGCCUUCAUCUGCAACGACCGGUAUUGUUCAGAACACGGGUGCGGGUGCAAAUGCAAAUAUUCAAGCCGUGACUGGCAUCUCGACAAGUGCGACACAACGACAAGGAAACACUUAUGCAUCGCAAUACCGAGGACAAGGAGGCAGCAAAAUACCUAACUACUCUUUAGGUUCCAUCAAAGCCGAGGACACUUCAUUGUCAGCUCUACAACGUCAAGCAUACACAUCGCCAUUCGCAGCAAAUUCAAACAUAAAUCAAAAUCAGCGAUGGGCGGGAGCAUCGACGACGACGGGAACGACUGCGACGGAAGACAUGGGUAUGGAUAUGGACAUCGACAUGGGUGGGUGGGCUCGUGUUUCGGAUCCUCUGCCUGGGAUGAACUUUAGUGAGAUGAUAGCCUCCACUCCGUACGCAUCAGGUCAAAACCAGACUCAGAGCCAAAGCCAGAGUCGCAUUGCGUACGGACCCGGACCCGCACAUGCGUACCAACAACAGCAACAACAAACCCAGUAUGCUGUCCAUGCACAACAACAAAUGUCAUACGGCGUACCUCAGGCGCAUCAACAGGACGUACAAAUGUCCUAUUAUGCAUCGCCCAUGAUGUCGAACCCUAGCCCAAGCAUGACAUCGAGCUCGACUAUGAGCACAAACCCCGGGUUGAACAUGAGUCCAUCUCGGUGGAAAGCGAGCAAUACAAGUCCGAGUACGCAAGUCACGAUGAGCUCGUCUUCUGCUGUUAUGGGCCAGAGUCGAGCUCAAAGUCUUGGACAAGGUCAGGGGAGGACGGGAUACUGGCCGACAUCAGACAUGAGGAGCGGGAAUUGAAAUAACAAUUUUUUAUCCCAUCGAAUAAUGAGAUGGAUGGAGAGUGUUGUGUUCCGAGAUAAACGAAAGGCUCGCGAGCGACGCUGGACUCGUGAACCAACACUGUAUUUGUUGAGACAAUUGUGAGGAUAGCAGGAGUUCUUUUACGAAAAGGAGUAUUAAUUACAUUAGUUUCGUCAUGACAAUACUUCUUCCUUCUCUCCUUUUUCUCCUUUUAUCUGACACUAUUCAAACAUCGUAUUUUUUUCGCCUCACACCAAUGUCCUCGUUCCUGUACAUAUCGCACCAUUACAACUAAAAUCCUUGUUCGCAUUCAUGUUCACACUUCAUGCAGCACUUUUUUUCGUACGUAAUUAUUU